CGCUCCAGCCGGAGAGGCCCUGCCCCGGCGCCCGUUCGGGGGCUCCUGGGCCUCCAUUUGGGCCUGCGCCGCUCCGUCACCCCGCCCGGGCAUCCUGUAACCUUUUCCUAAUUAUUUUACUCAUUGAUAUUCUUGACAAUAUGGAGGUUAAAUUAGAAGUUUUAUUAUCAACAAGUAUCAAACAGAAAAAACCUUGGCCUCGAAUUUCCUGGUUGGGACAGGAGAAGGAAGCUAUUUUCCUUUUGGAUGAUAAGUAUAUAAAUGAAAUUAAUUUGCCAUCUGGAAAGACAAAGAAGAAAAUCCCUCGUCUACAGCUUUUGCAGAAAAAUGUUGUCAUCUUAACAACUUCCAGUAAUGAUGCUUGGUUGGCUGGGUUACUUAACACUGGUGAAAUUUUCCUUUGGAACAAAGAUCAAGACUGCUUGAAAACCGUAUCUGCAACUGAAGAGUCUGAGACACUGAUAACAGCAGGCUUAGAAUGUUCUCUGAGACUGUAUAUAUAUGUAUCAGGAGAUGGAAAAAGAGUUCUACUAAUCAUACCUUCUGGAUGCAUCUUGUUGUGGGAGUGUUUGGAGUCUGAGAAUAUUAUAUAUUCCAAAAACUCUUCACUGUUGGGUCAGUGGUCACAAAUCAAACCUGAAAAAUCAAUUGUUUUGCCUUCUGCUGAAGAUAAAGAAGCUGUAGUAGAUGCUGUUUUUAUAAAAAAUGAGUUGCUUGGUGAUUGCUGCUUGUGUUCAUUUACCUUUUAUUCUGGGGAAUAUUUGAUGUUAACAUUUUUGGCACUGCAGUGGCAUGAAAAUGUAUCUCGAUCUAUUACUUCAUUGUCAUACCAGGUCCAUUGGGCACAUCAAGAAUGUUUUCUAUGUACAUUGGUUCCUAAAUGUGAAUCAGUGAAAUCAAGAGGAGCCCUGAUUAUAGCAUUUUCAAGGGAUGGCCUUACCCUGGCAGUAACUAUUAAUCAAAAAGAUCCAGAGGCCACACAAAUUCUAUUUAUAAACGUAUUGAAUUUUGUUACUCUCUGUGGUAGUCUUAAAGGUUGUAGCAAUAAGAAUCCUGUGGUUCCAUCCAGACUCAUUAGGUCCUACUGGGUGGGUGAUAUCAGCUGGACUCAUGAUAGCCUUUUUCUGGCCUGUGUAUUAAAACGUGGCUCCUUGGUUCUGUUGACCUGUUUGGGUGAAUUACUAACUUUGGUCACAUUUGGUUGCUCUGUAGAAUUUGGACCAGCAGAAUUUAUUCCUCUUCAUCCACUAAUAACAUAUAGACCACAGCAAUUUGUACCUCAGGAUUCAAGUUAUUCCCUUGAUUCAUCAGCCUCUGAUAAUGACCCGAUGAGACAAAGAUUUUCUGUAAAAACACACUCAAGAUUACCCUACCUAAUUGUCUCUGAUGGAUAUAUGGUUACAGUACUUCGAUUUUUUGAUAAUCUAACCCCAUCAGUACUUAUGAAAUCGUUUCUACUUGAAUCAACUCAAAGGCUUGAGAAAAUACAUCAAGGGCUGAUAUCUCAGUCUAAAGGAAAAAAUCUGAGAUUGCGAUCACUGGAUUCACUCCGGGCUAGUCUGUUAAAGCAUCAAGGAAACCAAAGUUCAGUUGUCUCUGCCAUCCCCAGAUUCUUGCAGGCAGAGGAAGAAAUAGGAGAAUUGAUUGAGAAAAUGGCAGAUUUGCAGGAUCAUGAAGUAGAAGAAAGUAAUAAUAGUAAACAAUUUCCCAACAAUUUUUUCCCUUUUUGGAAUCAGAAAAGUGAUUCUUUGUUUGAUGAAGUUGAAGAAGGAAGACUAGAAUUCGCAUCCAUGUUUGAUACUAUUCAUGCAAAGGAUGAUACAAAGGAAAAAGAUGAUAUCAUAACAGAACUACAUUCUAUCCAGAAAAAUCUCCUUGCAGCCUGGAAUAUUGGAAUUUCAAAAAAUGUGGAACACAAAAAAUUAAUGUUAAAUUACACAGUAAUCUGUAUUAUUCAUUUUCUCUACAUUCUUCAGUUUGUAAAAUGUCCUUCUCUUAAACAGAAUCUUUUUUUAAAUAAGACCAUAAGGCAUAAUGCAUGGCUGCACUGUGUCUUUCAACUUUUUCAUCAGUGUUUAUCUGUUCAGUACUGGGAUCUGAGAUACAGACAGGAUGUGGGACAUUUGGUAAAACUGACAUCUCAAACUCUAAAGUUGAUGUUCAUUCAGCAGCAACAAGAUCAAUUAUUCUCAGAUACCCUUUUAGGUUGUUUCAACUUACUUAAGAUGGUCUCUGACAGUCUAAAUGGCAUAUAUAUUCUUCAGCAUCAGGUGAUUUCAACAUCAGCUGAUGGAAAUAGGACAGUGAAUCAUGAAUCAUUGGUGGUACCUAUUUUUCAAAAACUUUCGUACAACUGUACUCAGAAAUCAUGGUCAUGGAAUUCUUUUUUAAAGAUACCUCCUCAGGCCAUAAAUCUUGUUCAAAAGCCAGGCCAUAGGUUAUCCAUCCUUUGGCAGUUAUUGUACAAACAAACUUUGUGGUAUCAAGCUCAUCUAAGUAGGAUGGACCCUAAGGAUGAUAGACAAUUAACCAAAAGGAUAGCACACGAAGAACCCAUUGUCAGAUCCUUGUUAUGCCAUAUACAAGCUAUUCUACAGACAGCAGGAUAUUGCUUGAACCAAGCUUUGGAGCUUAAGUCUGUAAUUGGUGAGGAAUACUUUCUUUUGGGAUCAUAUGAAGAAUCUGUUCAACUGUGGAAGAAAGCACUACAAGAAACCAAAGCAAUAGGAGGAAAGAGGACAUGCUUUCUUCAGACACGCUAUUAUCUUGCUCAAUUGUAUUGUCACCUCUAUUGUUAUAAUUUAAAUGACGCUCAAGGAAUGUGUGAUCAGUUGGUAAGAGAAAUUCUGAGACAAUCUCAAAUAUCUAUCAAAGAAGAGGAAUAUUUUCCAGAGAGUUUUUAUUGUGAUUUUGGAACAAUUGGAAAUGUUCAUCGUGAGGCUGCAGUUGUGGUUGUUCAGUGCAUGGCUCGAUUCAUGGCUGCCUAUUUCGCCAACCAGCAGCUUUAUGUGCUCCCACCUCACAGUGUGGGUGUUCUUCCUCCACUUCACAUAGAAUCAGAACAGUCUGUUCGAAUCAUUCCUCUACAACACUCUAAGGUGGCAAGUGUUAUUAGAGAUCAAAAUCUCUCUUCUCUAUGGACAGUUGAAUAUGCUCUCGAAUUGCUGUUUAUCUCUGGUCUGGUCCCAGAGGCUGUGUGGCUUGCUCACAGACUUGGUGACUGGAAGAUGGCUGUUUCAGUUGGUUUAGCCUUCAAAUUAUGCUAUAAAAAUGACAGCAAUUUAUCAAGGUGUAAGAAAAAGGACUUAACUCUACCAUUAAACAUGACUCCAACACGAAUUUUUCAGGAAAAACUACAGUGUUUUUUAGGUCAGCCAGCGUCUUUGGAAGUGACUAAUGAGUUGGGUCCUAAAUACAAACAGUUUACAGAUCCCAUUGAAGAAGAAGAUGUAGACCUACUUUUUAAUUCCAUACAGGAAGUAUUAAAAGCAGCAGUUAUGGCUGAUGCUGAUAUUCUUUCAGAGACAUUUCAGCUUUUGAUAGACUCAGCCAAAGACUUCAGUAGGAGGUUAUGGGGCUUAGUACCUAUGGGCUUGUAUCUUCCCUCUCCUCCAUUGUAUUGUCCUCAGCCAGCUGUUCUUAGUGAGGACCAUGGUGAUGAUCUCCUGUUAAAAGCUGAGAAGGAUUAUCGCCAGAAGGUGUCUGGCAUCCUUCAGCGAAUCCUUCUGCUCUUCCGGGCAGCUUGUUGCUCCUUUCCUGCAGCUCAGUGGUACAUCUUAAAAUUGAGAUGGGCGAGAAAAGUGAUGCAAAAGAUUCGAAUUAAAGGCUCCCUUCCUUUAUUGAGUCCUUUUCCAGAGUCUUUGCUUCAUUAUUGUAAAGUUGGUAUGGCAUUCUAUCGACCCAGAGCCCUUGAAGACCAAAAGCUUGAUGAAGUUUCUUGUAAAACGAUAGGUUGCUUUAGAGAACUCUGUGCUCUGUGUUGGAUGCUUCAUGUCCGGGAAAAAUUGUCAUACAGUUGUAGACGAUAUCAAAUAGCAAGAGAAAAUGUGGAAAAGAAAAAGGAUAUGGAGUUGGAGUUUGAUUCUUGUAUGGUAGAACACUGUCUCAGUGCACUGGAAUGGGCAUGUAGAAUGUUACCUUUCUCUAGGUUUAUGAAUAUUGAAGAACUUGUACAGGAUAUAAUUUUGAGUCUUAUUGGAGAACUACCACCCACCAGAAAGGUAGCAGAAAUUUUGGUGAAAGCCUUUCCCAAUUCUGAAGAUAUAAGAGUACCUUUAAGAGAUAAAUAUAAUUCUCUUCAGCAGAGACUCAGACAUUGUACUGUGAAAGGGCCACAAACUGAGGAAAUGAUGUCUGUUAUUAUGCAUUCUAUUUACAAAGUGAGAGUGAAAGCUCUGAAACGAGUGAGGAGGAAUAUAGGCCCUUUUGAAGUGAAUAUCUGGGAACCACCUGAAGAAGAGACCACAGAUAAUAAGAUUCAUGCUUAUGACCAGUUUUCACCUGGGGCCAGUUUGAGCAGGAGCACUCUUACUGAAGUAGGGAAUUCUCUGGCUCAUAGUGAUACAGAGACAGCAGAUACUUUCUCAGAAGCUUUGUCAUCCGAAAAAAAAAGAGAGAAUGCCCAGAAUCAUGCGGAAUUCACAUUGAUUAGUAAGCAUGACAAUAAGAAGAAAAAGUUCAACUCAGAAGAAUGUCCUGAAAGGAAAGGUGAUCGUGAAAAUUUACCUAGAGAAAAUACAGUUCCUGUAGUAGGUGUUUGGGAAUUUGAACGUGACGAUGAUGAAUAUAUUAAAUUCCUUGAUCUGUUCCUGAGUUAUGUACUUGAAAAAGACCUGAUUGGUUCUAAUAAUCCUGGUAUUCCUUUUCUAAGUAGCUUUUCAGCCCAUCUUAAGAAACAUGAGCUUAAUUCUUUGCUUUUUGAUGUUCACACUACAUUAAAGCGUCGUCAGGGCAAACCCACAAGCCAGAAUGUAUUCAGAGCUGGCUCCUGCUAUGUUAUUAUUCCUGAGUCUUGUGAAUCUGAAAAAUCGUCUACUUUGAAUAGUGAAAACUUCAAAAAUUUGGGAAAUCAAACAUCUUCACCUUCAGUAUUAGUUGUUCAAGGGCCAAGAUCUUUUAUACAAAACUCUUCGAAUGAAGUAAUUAAAAGCACAGGAAAGAAAGGCUUGUUUGGUUUAAAAGAAAAAUCGAUGUACAGAAUCAAAGAUGACAAUAGAGAGAUACCCAUGUCCCACAGAUUACCAAAACAAGUUUUUCUUCCACAAAACUUUAAGACUACAAAAUUCACUUACAAAGCAGUUCAAUGGAGUGACAUUAUUCCUCAUGAAGAACUUUCUCCAGAACUAAAGAACAAAUUUGGCAGUAUAGCAAAACUAUUAGAAUGGAUGAUAAGAUGGUCUGAUAGAAGAUUGCUUUGUGACUCCACUAAACCUGAAUCAUCCUGCCAGUACAGUCCUGUCAUACGGGUAAGGACCUCAGCAGCUGCCAUUCUCACGUCCCUAUGGCUUUUAGAACAGUCACACUUUGUACAGCAAACAAGUCAUGUGAUCUGUAAGAUUCCAGAGAAUCAUUAUUCUCUGCCUUCUGUGCUCUUACCUGAAGCUAAACACAAUAUUGAGAAAGAAAGCAUUGUACAUACUAGCUGUCCAGCAUCAAUGUCAACUCCAAAUGAAAUUCAGGAAGUUCAUAAUAGUGAUGGACCUUAUACCAACUUUUUGGAUAGAAUAACAACUCAAUCAAAAGAACCUAAAAUAAAAGAACUCAUUGAGGAGAGCAUUUCUAUUACUCAUGUUACUGAUAAAGAAUUUACAGAUUUUGAUGAAGAUAUCCUAGAAGAAAUGGAAACAUUCACACAAGAGGAAAUGAAGGUGCCAGACUGUGGAGAGAACUCUGAAGAAUCAUUUGGAAGUCUAAAAAACACUGAAAUUUCUAUCAGCCUUAUGUCAUUAGAAGGGCAAUCAGAAGAACAGCAUUCCAGAAAAAAGGUUGAGUGUCCAUUGAAAGAAUCAGUGGAAGAACUGGUGAAAACGUCAUUUGAGCAGAAAGAUAUGGUUGAGACUGUUGCUGACAUUAAACUCACCAUUCCUCACUCGGUCUGUUUAGAUACAAGUACAGAUACUUUUAGCAUACAAGUUUCUGCACCAAAAGACCGAUCUUCCUCAGUUCCACCUCUGGUAUCAGAUACAACCACUGUUUCCUCAAAUACUCCUAUUUCAAAACGUCACAGGAGCCAUAAAGAUGUGUCCCCAGCUCAACUACCAAAUUCUUCAGAACCUGUUACACAGAUGCUCCAUGAUGAAUUGUUUAGAUUGGUUCAGUUGCAGCAGAUCAACUUCAUGAGCCUAAUGCAGAUAGUAGGGUCAUCGUUUGCCACCCUUCCCAAUGUACAGCCCACACUGCAGUCUCACAAUGUGCAUUUGGAGAGAAGCCAAAUUUCACUCCCCACAAGAGGCAGUGGUGAUGUUGAGCCCACAGGUAUACAUCUUAAGAAAGAUUUCCUACUUGGAUCCAUUGGAGAAAAUUCCAGACAGUUUGAAAAGAGCCAACCUCAUCAUGAAGGAAUUGUCCAGUGUGAUCAGAACAAAGUUGGAAAUAAUCAGAAUAUUCCAUCCUUUUGUGUUCCUUCAGGUCACUUAGAUGGUCAAUCUAAUAAUGGAAGAGUAACUCCAAAAUGUCAAGGGUUGUCCACCACUCCAAGUUCUCAAACUUGUGCUGCAAACAAUCACUUCCAUUUGUUGUCCACCACACCCACCAUUCACAAGAGCCCUGUACUUAUUCCGGCUGUAAAAACCUUAAAUCCUGCCAGUGGUUUUCCUUUGCUUAAGAUUCAAAUGAAGCAUGAAUUCAAACCCCUCUCUCUCCAUCCAGUAAGAACUCCACAAGUUACAGUCAGACCCCCUCCAGAACCAAAAGAGGCCUGGAAUUCAUCCAGUUCUGAAAAAAAACUUCAUUCAACAGCACAGAGCAUCACUCCAACAUCCCAUUUGAAUUUGAGCCAGUAUGAUGUGGAAACUGUGCAGAAAGCCCUUGAGCAGAAGAGAUGGGCAGAAAUAAGAACUAUAGAAACCCCUAAGCAUCUCAACUUAGAUCAGUAUGUUGAACAAGAAACCUUGACACCUCAACAGGACUCUUCAGCAAAAAAACAAGAAAAAAUAUUUUAUAUGAAACCAGAGCCCUCUGAGAUACCUAAUCAGAAUUUUCUUGGUAUUCCUUUAUUACACCUGCAACUUAAUCCUACUACUAGGUUUUCACCAGCCUUGACAGCAUCAGUUUCUACACCCUCAAUCCCUAGUAGACCUAAAGAAAAAGAAAGAGACUCAAAAGAAAUCUUGUACCCAAGCAUAAAAUUGCUUCAUACUUACUUACCCCCAGAACACAAGUGCCAAAAACCAAAGUUCAUUCCACUUGAAAAUCUCAUUGCAUUUAAACAAAGCCAGCAGAAACAAUCACUUAAUUUAUUUGAACAUGUGAAACCUGGGAAUAUCCACCUUUUAAAGGCCAAAAUAGAUCCAAAAAAGGAAAAUAAAAAAAGAGAAAGAAGACGGGUUAAGAAAGCCCUUCAAGAAAAGAGUUCAGAGAAACAAGAGAAAAAAUGUGUGACAUUCCGAUCAGAGGAUUCCAUUAUUAAUCCAGAUGAUUUAGAAGUAGUUGUGAAACAAGAGGAUCAGCAAGAACAACCUAUUCCUCAGCCUACUGAUUGUUUUGUAAUUCCUUUGGAAUCGCUAGAAGAGGACAUCACUACUUCAGCUGGAUUACAUUACAUGGCUUCUGUAAAAAAGAAGGUGGUAGAAAAUCAGGAUGCAAGUACAAACACAGAACCAGUACAAGAAUAUUCGAGUGUUCCUCAAAUGUUGGCUCCAGAUGUUUAUUUAAAUCUCAGAUUUCCCUCUGAAACAUCAGAAAUACCUUUGACAUCUGAUCCUACAUCUAAUGUGGUUGGACACAAUUAUAUAAAUGUCAUUGACAUUGAAGCUACUGAUCUUCUUGAGGAAUUGCCUGUUAGAGAAGAGACUACAGAUGAUAUUGUUAAUAAGCAAGAAGGUGAUAACAUGGAAAUUCCAACUUGUGCAGAUCUGCAUUACAUGGCAGCUUCUGUUACUAACGUAAUUCCUCCUGACCAGUUUAUGAAUAAAGAUCUGCCAAAAGUACAACCUCAAGUCCAAAAAUCUACUGUAAAAUCAAGUGGUGUCGAAGAUUAUUUAACCUGGAAACAGUGCCAGGACUUCAGUGCUUUACCUUACACGGUACCAUCAGAAAAAAACAUUAACAUAGAGAACCUUACCACUAAACUCCUGGAAAUAGAUGAAAAACUACUGGUACUCCAGAACAUUGCAACUAAUGUAGAGCAAGAUUUUAGCAACACUAAGUUGGUGGUGAAGACAGAAGACCCCUUGGAAUUGUCAUAUUCCCCAGAAGUGGAUAAAGAGACGACAUUUUCACAAACUUUUAGAAGUCCUGAAGAGGCGUACUUGUUUAGCCAUCAGAUUGAAGAAGAAGGGGAAACUCCAUUACUUGAAUUUCCUGAAACGAAGCAUACCGUAUGGAACUCUUGUUCCUUUUCUUCUGUCGUUUCAUCUUUUAGCGUUUCCAGUGACCAGGUUACUUCUACUGGCACAGCUAGUAGUGAAGAUUCUGUUGGAAGUAUUUCAGCAGAUUUUCAGAUAACUGGACUAACUGAUGUUGCUGACAUAAUUGGUGAUCUUAUCACUGAGAGUGGAGUAUCUAGUGAAGAACUUGGUUUGACAGAACAGCAAGCUAGGAAAAUUUCCAGGAUCCAUGGCACCCCAAAGAAGAGAAAAUCACAAAGAACAGAGAAGGAGAAAAGAGAGAUAAGAGCCUGGAUGAAAAAAAAAAGGAAGGAAAGGAUGGCAGAGUACCUGGCACAGCUGGCCGAGAAGAGAGAGCAAGAAUAUGAGCCUUUUCAGUCCCAAAUGCGUCCGUUGUGUAUGACUUCAAAGGAAAUUAGGCUGUAUCAGCGGAUGAAGAAGGAAAAAGACAGAUUACAACUCUCCGAACACUAUCAUCGCCGAGUUACACAAGCAUAUAACCUGAUGAAUGAGUUGUUAUUUGAGUCAGCACAGGUGCCAGGAAAAUCCUUGACAAAGUCGCCAGGAAGCCCAGCUAAAUCUCCUCGCGUUUCUAGGAGACGGCAUCGUCUUCCUCCGAGCGGAAAGGACCGUAAUAUUAGUACCUUGUCACCAACUCGAAAUGCCAAAGUUAGAUUUGCUUCCAAACCUACUUAUAUUCAUGGAAGAUCCCCUGUGAGCCAACAUCAACAUUCAUCUCAACGAAAUAGAAUGGCUGCUAUUCCAAUAACGAAAACAACAGAAAUUACCACAAGGCCUGCCCGAAAUGCAUCAUGCUCUCCAGACCUCUCCAGUCAAGACUUUGGUUAUCCACCUCAACGAGCCACAUACAUAAAAAAUUCUGAAACUAGUACAUUCACAAGUAAUGUGGAAGAGUAUGGGAGGGAGCACGAUAAAGUGAGUUCCUGGACUGUGCCUGAAGGGGUUGACAAGAUUCUUUGCAGAAGUUCAAAUUCCUCCCUUGAGGACUUUUCACCAGUUGAAGAUGAAGGGUUUCCCGUAAGCUUCAGUGGCCUGGAGAGUGGGUCUGAGAGCACUGGCAGCAUCCUCAGCAAGAUUGACUGGCAUGCGAUCGAUGACCUGGUGGCCAUGGUAGAAAACACAUGAAGCAAGUUGUGCCUUUGGGGCCGUGUAUGCCCAGGCUGCUGGGCACAACACUAGCAUGACUGACUGCAAGAAAUGACGUCUCAGAGAAAGAACCCGAACAAGAACCUGAACCAGAUUGGGGGGAUUGUGGCGAACAUAUUAACUAGCAUCAGGGAAAAUUCAGUAACGUGAUUCAAGCUAGGAAGGAGAGGACGUUGUGCCAGCUAUAGUGCCAGUUUCUGCAUUGUACAAGGACAACCACACAUCAUUAGUAAAUUAAUCAUAUCACAUGAAUAAACAUUUUCCUUAAAUCAUAUGUUUUUAUUGUUUUUCACCUUUAGGAAAACAGGAGAAAUGUUUUCAUGCUGUUCAGUUAAGAGUUCAGAUGGUUUUAGUCCUCUUGUAAGUUAAAUGUAUACAGAACAUUGUUUUAAAUGGUUUUAUCAAUAAAGUUUUUACCCCCCUGG